GGCCGGAACCAGGAGGGCGGGUCCUAGGCGGGUCCUGCGCCCACAGCUACCUGGGUAAGGCCCAAGAUGGCUGCCUUCACGUUAGUAUGCUUGUGAAGUCGGCGGGGACAGUUCCUGUCGUCAUCUUCUUGAGGGCCACAUUUGGUCCUCAUUUUUGGGCUUGUUUGGUGUGCUGUUGAAAGGGGGACUAGAGAGAUGGCAGGGAGCCUCUUAUGCGGGGCAGGUCGGCGCCUGUUGGACUGGGUGCCUUUGGCGUGCAGAAGCUUCUCUCUCGAUGUUCCUAGAUUGAUCGGUAUAAGGCUCACCCUCCCGCCCCCCAAAGUGGUUGAUCGUUGGAACGAGAAGAGGGCCAUGUUCGGAGUGUAUGACAACAUCGGGAUCCUGGGAAACUUUGAAAAGCACCCCAAAGAACUGAUCAGGGGCCCCGUAUGGCUUCGAGGUUGGAAAGGGAAUGAAUUCCAGCGCUGUAUCCGAAAGAAGAAAAUGGUUGGACACAGAAUGUUCGCUGAUGACCUGCACAACCUUAAUAAACGCAUCCGCUAUCUCUACAAACAUUUUAACCGACAUGGGAAGUAUCGAUAGAAGAGAAAGCUGAGAAUUGCGGAAAAGGUUCAUCUGUUAACCUGGAGAAGGGAAACUACUUUUCCCUAUGAGGAAACGGCUUUGUAUGCUCUCUGUAAUAAAGUGGGGCUUCUUUGGAAUUUGAUAGUCACAUAAUUUUGUUUUCCUUUAAUGCUGCCUCUACUCAUGUAGACUAUGAAGUCUUGACUCAUCCUAGGUUUUAGGGUCUUAGGUUUGGGCCUCACACCACUUGCCUUUUACAGUCUACCUAUACCUAAUGCCUUUAAAAAAGAAAAGUUGAUGAGAAUGUCAUCGGCACUUUUUGACAUAAUGCUUAUAGCAAGCUAAUAACAAUUAGGUUAAUAGUGUUUCUAAAGACCUUCCACUCUGAAAUGAAAUAUAAUAGAAAAAUGGAGUUUGAAUGUAAAACCUGAGGGG